AUGAAGGCGCUUGUGACCUUCACAGUGUUCCUGAGCGCCCUCGUCCGACUCUCCGUACAGCAAGAUGGCCAGUGCAGCGCUACCAAGCUCUGCCCUGCAGGAUGUUGUAGCAGCGCAGGUUAUUGUGGUUACGGACCCGACUAUUGCGGCAAGGGAUGCCAGAGCACCUGCGGUCGCAAGUCUGACUGCAACCCCGGUUGGGACAGCGGCGACUUUAGCAAAAAGGAUAAAUGCCCCCUCAAUGUCUGUUGCAGCAAGCACGGCUUCUGCGGCUAUACAGACGAGUUUUGCGAGGGAAAUGAGGUCAAACGGCCCUCGUGCUCCGUCAGCGACACAUCUGUAGACCGAGUCAUCGGCUACUAUGAGGGCUGGGCAACUUCCAACCGCGGCUGUAAUGCCUUGCGACCGGAAGAUAUUCCCUACGGCGCUUAUACCCAUCUCAUCUUCAGCUUCGCCACUAUUAACCCAAAGACAUUCGAGAUCUGGGUUGCCAUAGGCGGCUGGGCGUUUAACGACCCAGGACCAACCCAGACAACCUUUAGCGACGUGGCUGCCUCUAAGGCCAACACUAACACGUUUCUCAGCUCGCUCGUCAAGUUAAUGGAUAAGUUUAACUUUGAUGGCGUGGAUAUUGAUUGGGAAUAUCCAGUCGCGCCCGACCGGCACGGCCGCGGUGAGGACUAUGAGAAUAUUGUCACUUUUAUGAAGAAGCUCCGCGAACGUAUGGACAAGUCCCGCAGAGGCGUGUCCAUGGCUCUCCCCGCCAGCUACUGGUACCUCCAGCACUUUAACGUUGUUAAGCUUGAGGAGCAUGUCGACUGGUUUAACCUCAUGACGUACGAUAUGCACGGUGCCUGGGAUAUCGAUAAUAAGUGGACUGGUCCCUGGGCGAACUCGCACACUAAUCUGACCGAGAUUCAGCUUGGCUUGGAUCUUCUAUGGCGCAAUGACAUUAGUCCUAGCAAAGUAACCAUGGGCAUGUCCUACUAUGCUCGUACCUUUACCCUUACAGACCCCGGCUGCAACAAGCCCGGCUGCCGCGUUAGCUCACCUGGCGACGCGGGCAAAUGCUCUGGCACGGCCGGUGUGUUGCUCCACCCCGAAAUCCAGGAGAUAAUCUCCAAGAACAAUUUAAAGCCUGUACUCGACCGGGAAGCUGCCGUCAAGACUGUCUCAUGGGGCAACCAGUGGACCUCUUUUGACGAUGUCGCGACUUGGCGCCUUAAGGCUAAUAAGCUGCGCGGCCAGUGCAUCACGGGCUUCAUGGUAUGGGCCAUCAGCCAGGAUGACGAGUUUGGCACCAAUGCCAAGGCUCUGGCUGCUGUUCUAGGUCGUAAAAAGCUCGAGUUUCCCAAUUUUGCUGUCCGCGCCAAGGUGGAAGAUAGUCCCGAUCUUGAGUCCAAGACGUGCCGUUGGACAAGCUGCUAUGAGGGCUGCCCGUCUGGCUUUAAAGAGGUCCAGCGCGACGGCCACAAGGAGAUUAUGCUGGACACAACACCCUGCUUUGGCAAGGGUCACGGUUUUAGUCGUCUUUGCUGCCCGACGAGUUUCAAGUCUCCCACGUGUACCUGGCGUGGCCAUAGAAAUACUGGCAAAUGCAAACCUGGCUGCAACGAUUUUGAGCUUGAAGUCGGCUCACUGGAUGUGGGUUGCCGCUCGGGAUACCAAUCAGCUUGCUGCAGCGAUACCUUGGUCACGUCUCUGUACAGCAGAUGCGUCUGGACCGAGUGCACCAGCAAGGGUAAGGAUGCGUGUACGGGCAAUAACCCGCAUUUCCUCACUUCGAGCAGCAUCGGCUCUGGCGGGGCGUGCUCGUCGGACCAGCUGAUGUUGGCCCGAGAAAGCGGUCUCACCAUUGGUAGUGAAGGCGGCGAUGGCUGCUACGGUGAUCUCGCCUUUUGCUGCACUGAACCCAAGAAGCUGAAGCCUCGCGAUGAAGACCCUGGCUCGUCAGAGGGCCGCGAGUUCCAAGCUCUGAUCCGCAAGUACAUGGAGAACCCGACCUGUCCCGCUACCAUUCUCUUCCCGACGGUUCAUGACAAAUUCACUCGUAAGCGUUCCCUAGAGUUCGAGGCAGCCGAAUUCAACGUGCUGCACGCCAGGGCCAAGGAUUGUACCCUAGAUACCUGGGUCCGGCUGCUUCAAUACGCGACGCUCGUGUUCUCGGUCAGCCGCGCCGGCAUGGAUCCCCUCGUCAAGGUAUGGGAUAAGGAGUUUGCCGGAUACUAUGAUAAACAACUAGAGUAUCAGAACCUCCACGCCUUUUUGGGCAAGUAUAGAGACUAUGAGCCUCGCAGUGUUGUCGAGUGGGUGCUCUACAACCCAACUCAAGCCGGACCCGGCAUCAAGGGUGCGAAUGCGGCCAGCCAGGCACUAUGCCGAGUUCCUGGUUCGAGCACCCGUAGUGUGCCCGAGUCCGCCCUCUCUGAUAUUAAGAGCAGAAAGGUCGACGCGUGGAGGACCGGGCGAGGUAGCAUUCCUGCCCUAGAUACGAUCCUAAGCGCCAUCAUUAGCGGAGCAGUCACACUGCACUAUGCCCGCUGGCAAUACUAUCGCAGCUCUCAAAAUGGAAACGUCCCGGGGCCUAUGCUUGAAAUGGCGUACUGGCUUGGCAGUCAGCCUGGCCGUGAGAAUAACGAAGACGUUACGCAAUAUCAAGAUCGGACGCCGCGACCAAACUGGCCGUCAGAUCAGUGGGUUCUCUUCCACCCUCACAUCGAUCCAUCCAACCGAAACUGGCUGAUCAACGAAAACGGAAACACGUAUGUCGGUGUCAGGGACUUUCGUGUCAUGCACGGCCAGUACUGGAUGCACGGAAGCCCCGGCCAAGCGUGGCGUGUAUCUCGCAGCAACGGCCGAUACAACUCCCGUGACGGAUUCUCAUGUGAGGAAGAGCUCGGUAGCCUUUGGUAUGUCGGGUCCAGAAUAACGCUCCCGAACAACGAGCCGGAGUGGGCAAGACUGCUUCAUCAAUGGGGUGAGAUGAUCCAUCGUCAGGGGUAUGUCGGCAACCGCGGCCUGAGAAUGAUCAUUGAGCCGCCACAGGGUGGAAGCAGCACCGAAGUUGACCCUCAUAACCCGGGGACCCUGUCUCGUGGGUAUAUGGGCACAACGGUGGUCGGGGGAAAUAACCCAUACGAUAUCAACUUCCUGUUGUCGGAGCAAGGAUAUGAAUUUUCUACUCCUCCUCCCCCGAAAGACCGUGAAGAUCCAGACACUCCGGCAGACCAGCCUGAGUGGUAG